GACCGAGCGAGUCCGGGCGGAGCUGAGCCCGCGGGACUCCGGGUCGGGGCUCCGGGGCCGGGCGGGGCCGGCGGUCGGCGGCGCCGCUAGCUCAGGUGUCGAGGCUUCUGGCUCCACGUCGCCAGGAGGCCCUCGGGCUGGAGCUGAAGGCGCUCAGACCGCGGCUUGCGUGAGCCAGGCCGGCCCCAGCGUCCGGAGCUCCGGCCCUUUGGCUCCAGCGAGGCCAUGGCCAGUCCGGGCCCGGGUCCGGGGGACCCGGACGAGCAGUACGAUUUCCUGUUUAAGCUGGUGCUGGUGGGCGACGCGAGCGUGGGCAAGACGUGCGUGGUGCAGCGCUUCAAGACGGGCGCCUUCUCGGAGCGCCAGGGCAGCACCAUCGGCGUCGACUUCACCAUGAAGACGCUGGAGAUCCAGGGCAAGCGGGUCAAGCUGCAGAUUUGGGACACAGCCGGCCAGGAGCGGUUCCGCACCAUCACCCAGAGCUACUACCGCAGUGCCAACGGGGCCAUCCUCGCAUAUGACAUCACCAAGAGGAGUUCCUUCCUGUCGGUGCCUCACUGGAUUGAGGAUGUUAGGAAGUACGCGGGCUCCAACAUCGUGCAGCUGCUGAUCGGGAACAAGUCGGACCUCAGCGAGCUUCGGGAGGUGCCCCUGGCAGAGGCACAGAGCCUGGCCGAGCACUACGACAUCCUGUGUGCCAUCGAGACGUCUGCCAAGGACUCCAGCAACGUGGAGGAGGCCUUCCUGAGGGUGGCCACUGAGCUCAUCAUGCGGCACGGGGGCCCCAUGUUCAGCGAGAAGAGCACCGACCACAUCCAACUGGACAGCAAGGACAUUGGCGAGAGCUGGGGCUGCGGGUGCUGACCGGCGGGCAAGGCGGGCGGGCCAGAGCCUCCUUACGUCCCAUCCCCCUCCCUCUCCCUUCCUCCUCUCCCUCCACCCCUGCCCUUUCUGCUUUCUCCCUUCUACCUCUGUUCUUUCUGUCUCUGACCUGCCAAGCCCAGCCUUCAGGGCACCUGCAAUACCAGAGCAGUUGGGUGAGGUCCUGAGACCUGUGCCUCAGGUCCUGGAGAGAAGGAAGAAGCGUCGCGUCCCUGCAGGCGGCCUGUUGGCCCACAGUAGGGUGCGGGGCUCGUCCUUCCACUGCAGCUGGCCCUACUCGUUCUUCACAUUCCAGGACUGGCCCAAGCAUACAGUGUGGUUGGCAGCGCAAGCAGCGUGUGUGGCUCCCUGUGUCCCCACGCUGAUUCUGACCCUCGCCCACUGUGGCUUGGUUGCAACUUGGACAGCAUCUGCUGCUAUCCAGGGAUUGGGCAGGCGCUCUGGUCUCUUCCGCAACAUUCCGGGGCCUCCGUACACAGCAGCUGAGACCAAGAGCGACCAGACCAAGACUUGGGACCAAUCGUGGCUCUGGGGAAGGCUGAACAUCUCCCUGGCACCUCCUUCCCUCACUGCCGGCUUCAAGGCACUCAAGCAUCUCCUUGGAGCCUGGCUCACUGCCUUAUCAAGACCUAUGGAGUUUUCUGGA